UGGUGGAGUAUGGCGCCGUCGUGGACAUGUGCGGCGAUGGUGGGGGACGGAAUUCGCAGUGCGGGAUUCGACGUUGAAGUUUAGUGAUUGUGGUUACGGCUCGUUCUCGAGGUUCGGGCGGUGUUUGCCGAAGACGACUACGCAAGCGGUUGGGAUCGUCACGACGCACCGUGCCCGUGCUGGCGUGCGCAAGCGCUAGGCCUAGCACUCGUUUUCGCUUCUGUUUUUUUUUCAUCUCUUCGGCCCGUCUAGCGAGAGCUUGAGCAACGAACACCGAUCCGCACCAUGGGGCAGGCGGACUUCCUUCAGAGGCGGCGGGGAGGCGGGCGUUGGCGGUGGAGUGGGGCGCCCGUCUGAGGAAGGAUGGAGGAUGGCGACCCCGGAGGUCGCCACCCCGCGGAAGGCGCGGACAGCCGGUACCACCGCGAGGGCUCGCCACGGCCGCCAUGGGACCCCGGAAAGGGGUUUCCGGAGGAAAUGGGUUACUCUUCCUCCGUCGGUCGCGGUUCCAGCUGCGGAUUGGCCUCUACGGCGUCCGACAGCGGCCGGGCGGCGGCGGGUUCCUCGACGGCGACCGGGGGACCGCUCCGUUGGGCACAGGACCUACGAAGCCUGCUGGUUGAUCUGGAGGGCCUGCGCCUCUUCGAGCAGUUCCUCGAACAGGAAGGGGCCGAGAAACACGGACUGUACUUCUGGUUUGCCUGCAAUGGCCUUCGCUCCUGCCCCGAGCCAUCUGUCCAGUUGCAGUACAUGAAGAGCAUCUACAAGCACUACAUCCGCAACAACAUGGUGGAGGUGUCGCCCCCGCUCAAGGACAAGAUCACCGAGCACGUCAAGCGGCUCGUCGUGGACGUCUCGCUCUUCGACCAGGCGCAGCGGGAGUUCGAGCAAUUCCUGCAGCGCUCGGCCUACCCCAAGUUCCUCCAGUCGGACCUCUACGUCGAGCACGUCAACAAGUGCCACGCGCUCGCGAGGGCCGCCUCCGAAGAGGCCUCUGCAGUGGCGGCGUCGGAGGGCACACCGUCUCGGGGAGACGACGGACAGAAUUCUGGUGGCAGCAGCGAAGAGUUGAGUGUGGCAGCCGAUGCCCCUGGUGCGGCGGUGGCAGAUACGGGGUCGGGCGAGGAUGACAGUUCGCCACCGCCAGUGCUGCCUCCGUUGGGCCUCGAGAUCUUGCCGACGGUGAAGGAGGACGAAGAGCUUUCGGCGGGUGCGUCGCCGGCACCACUGACGCGGCGCAACGUGCGCAAGCUUUACCGGUACGGCGAGCAGCUUCCUCGACUCGUCACUCGCCUGGCGUCGGAAGCAACGUCGGCAAUCCGGCCCAAGUCAAGCGGAGCAGCCGGGGGCAGCUCAUCGUCACUGGGCGUGCCGCACCCAUACCACGUGAACAACUCGUCCUUCGUGCCGCCCUCGGCACAGGACAGCGAGUUGCACAGCCUGUCGUCCGGCGCUUACACAGACGACACUGGCACCGACGUGGACAGCGUGCCUCCGGCCACUGUCCCGUGCUCUGCAUCCGCCGUCAAGGAGAGCCUCAUCCAACGCGCCACGCACCGCAUGUCGAUCCGCAAAAACGCCAACAUCAACCGAGACUCACUGGGCGAAAACGUCCUCAUUCCGCGCACGCAGAUGGAGCACCCGUACAGCCUGGCGGAAAAGAACCCGGAGAAGUUUGCCACUUCCAUCAUCGAGAAGCUGCACGCGGUGAAGAAGCAGCUGGACUGCGGAGAACGGCUGGAGCGCUUCCACCGGGCGCAGGCCGAGGACUUCCCCGCGGCGCCCCCUCGGGGACCUCCCCUGGCCGGUGCCGUCGUGGCGGCGCCCUCUGCCUCGGCCGGCGGAGGCGCUCCGGUUCAGGGCUCCGGUGUACCCCUGGGACCUGCACCCGCCAACCCGGGCUUCUGCGAGCGUCUGCUGGGCAUUCCGGCAGAUGAGGUCAGCUCGCAGAGCAUUCUGGACGAGCACGUGUCGCGAGUCUUCGACUCACCCCUCUCCCACACGCCUCCAAGGGCACCCUCGCCACGGCACCGCUUCGGGCCAGCCGUACCGUCGCCGUACGCAGUCCUGGGUCACCAGCACUGGCACAAGAAGGAACGAGACGCCUGCUCCAGCGACAGUGGCGCGGUGCGGGAUUUUUCACCCGAUGACGAUGCAGUCCAUGGCAGCCGGAGGAGAGCCCAGGGAGGCUGCGCAGCAUCCGGCAGCAGUGCUACUUCCAGGCGGACAUUUCGGAGUGGCCCGCAGCCAUCGGACAGCGGUGUCGACAGCGGGGCCAGUGCUGUGUGCGAGCAGCUGCCGGUCAAUCAGGGCGCGACGGAGCGGGUGAACAACUGGAUUCUGAACCACAAGGUUCCCGGCUAUCCGCUCGGGCCUCCGGAUCCGGAGAGGGACUCCUCGAGGAGCCACAAGAAGUCCACCACUUCUGGCACCUCGUCGCGUUCCAAGCAGAACUCCGUCAACACUGCCCGGAGCCGGUCGUGCGGAGUGGCUCCCGGCUGCGGCUCCGUCCCGGGCUCCGGCUGGGGAUCUCAAGAGUCUGGGGGCUUGCCGUUGACGCAGCAGCCGCUGGACACGAUGACGCAGCUCGUCGAGGCUCGCCGGAGGCUGGAGGUGAACUACAGCGGAAGCCAGCAAAUGGCGAAAACCAAGAAGUGGCCAAAGGCGAUGGUACGAGCUCCUCUUCCGGGUGUGCAGCAAGGCUUCGUCGGUGGGGCAGGUCCCCAGGUUGCACCGGGUGGUGGGUUGUACCCCGCCCCCAUGCAGCUUCAGGCUCCGCCCUCACCUUCCACGGAGAUGACUGUGAUUGGCUAUUGCUACUCUGGGGAAACUGUGCCGUACCGAACGAAGCUUGCCGGCCGAGAUAUCACGCUACGUCAGUUCAAGUCUCUCAUUAGCAAGAAAGGCAACUACAGAUACUUCUUCCGGCGUUCUUGCCAGGAAUUCGGAACAGACGUAGUGUCUGAAGAGAUCUCCGACGACAACGAAGUCCUGCCUCUCUGGGAGGGCAAAAUAUUUGCUAUGGUCGAGCCAGUUGACUGAAGGAACAAAGAAAUGAAAUGGCCAGACUCUGUCGUCCCAUCCCCAUUGUCCGCUGGUGCCCUGUGUGUAGCCAACCCCCAUCUACGAGAUACUCUAUUUUUUUCCCCAGUUCUUGAAGACAACACACCUCUACCAACAGCGGUGCAGUUAAGAUCUCAAGAGCAUUGUCCAACGCUGCUUUUUGCAAGUCAUGCUGCGGCUGCCAUAUUUUGUUUUGUGAAACGUGCGACAGUCUUCGAGCGGUUUCCACGCUGCUGUCUGGGGCUGUCGGAAUGGCCAUGCGACCAUCGAUCCUUUCCUUCUUUCUGACUCCUGGUGGUGGUUAUCGUCGAUGGCGACGUCGUGGUGCUGUUAUUGUGUCAAGAUUCUGUGUGCUAGCUCCCAGCCCUACCGGGGCCACAGCCAGGGGCGCCUGACACGAUGUCAACAAACAACAGCGUGUCCCCUGAUGCGAUUCAGAAGUCGACCUGGUGUGUGCAGUGUUCGGUGCGUUUCAUGUUUGUGUCGUCGAAACGGUGACCGCCUUCGUUUGGAGCUGGGAAAGUCUUCGCAAGGAGCCAACAGCGUCUCUGCUGUGUCGCAGUCGUUAUGCGACGCCGAGUGCGUGAGGUGGCUGGUUGUUGGAAUAAGGUAGCUCUCCUCCCCUCCACCCUCCUUUUUUUUUUAUUAUUUCGGUGCUUUUAAUAAUGUUUUAGAACAUUGUUAUUAGUGUUUCACCAACUGGCCAAAGCGGUGCCUUCCCCACCCGUUGAAUACAUCGAACGCUUUAGUUUCCCACCGACAGCUCUUCUUUGAGCGAGUUAUUUUUGAGUGUGUGUGUGUGUGUGUCUGCAUGUGUGACGAACAAAAACUCGAUCAAGUGUUCGACAGUUACCCAGUCUAUUUGUAGAGAACGUGUAAAAUGUUUUUUUUUUUUCUUCUCGUGGUACUUUGAAUGUGCGUUUUAUGUGUGUGUGUGUGUCAAGGCUGGAAGUCUUUGACAAUGGUCCAUUAGUGCCUCACAGUUCACUUCAGCAUACCGUGUUCAGUUUACUAUUGCACCUGGGUUGCAAGGAAACGCGGUUUCUUGUGAAUGCCCACCGUAGGGAGCUUUGCUGGUUCAACUGUUGAGCUACAGCGCGAUUUGUGGUUACAUCUACCUGAGCUUUGUACUUCUGGUUUCAUUCAUUCUUCUAAAUUCACUCACAGCAUUUUAGUUGCCAGAGUUCAAUCGUAGUUUCAUGAUUACCAAUCUUCAGUGAAAUUGCAUGCAUAAUAGUUGUAGCUAAUUGUUGCAUUUACGGUGGGGUGCCAUCGCUGAAUUGAUCAGCUGGCAUAUUUUGAAAGCCGUCCAAAGCCCCAGUGCAAGAUAAAAGUUUUUAGAUGAAAUGCGUUUUUGGCCUCGCUCCCGUGUUGGUUCCUACAUCGAUCUUGCAGUGUAAAGUACUACUGCCAGAGAUUCCUUAUCGAGGUUCUUAAGAAUUGUAAAAACGGGGCAAGGAGGAGCAAUAUUAUGAGUGGCCAUAUUGGUACAAACAGAUUAGUUAUUACUUUGGGCUGCUCUUACCUUGAUUCGAUGUUUACAUGGAUAGAAAGAAAAUCUGUAAUGCUGCUUCUCUAGGUUGUUUAAUCAAUGUACUUGUAAAUGAAUAGGGUAUUUUAUUCAUCUGAAAUAGUUUCAGAUGGAAAGUUGCAAGUUCUACAUAUUUUUAUUUUUUUGCAUGGAAAAGCAUGACCUAUAAAAAAUGUCACUUCAUCUAUGCAAAGGUGGCACGACAGGCUAGAAAAGUAGCAACGCAUUUAUCGUAGGUUGGAGGUAUGCACAUGGUCUGAUGACGAAAUAUUCCCAGUUCGAUUUCUGCACGAUGCCGUGAUUAGGAAUAAGUGGCAGCAAAUGUGCACGUUGCCUAGUGAACCGGUGCUUCUAUCCAGCAGCGCUGCCUCCGGAAGCGUUACAUUUUUUGGAACAAUGGUUGCCAGAUAAAACUUUCUGGUCAGGUUAUGUCAAUUCUUGGGGAGAUUCUAAGUGACCUUGAUAAUGUAAUUUAUGAAAACUAUAACCGACAUGCUACAUAGUGUUCUGGACUUGCAAGUUAGGCAACUUUAAAAUUGCAGUUAUUUAGAAAAAGUUUGACACAUGUCGAGUUCGUGGUUUCUCGAUUAGCAUGCCGAGUGAUUAGCUUACUCUCCUGGGAGAGUUGUGCGCUUUUCAAAGUCCGUGUCGUGCAAGUGUAUUUGUUAUCCGGGCAAGUUGUUUGCAUUUUCGUUUCUUGAAAAAUUUGUGCGUACGCAAGAUGCAUUGCAGUUGUGCAACUGAAGUAUGUUGUGGGCAGUUCAAUCGUCACUGUAAUCCCAAACUUUGUGGUCGCUGCAGUUUUACCCUUGUAAUUCACUGACAAUGAAUGCUCACGGCGUUUAGGAUUGGCUGCUCAGUGGACGGGCGUUUUUUGUGCACAGGCCUGUAGACUGAAAGACCCAGGUAUGAACCGUUGUGUUCUUUUCUAUUUAUACAUCAAAUCCAUGUUCCUCUCCCAGCGUCCAUGUCUGUGAAACUUGGUCGCAAAACUUUGCCGUGUCGGUGACGUGACAACGCAAUGCCAAAUGAAAUGUUGUGCUUCCAGGGGACUUCACGAACUCUGUCAUUGCUUCAUUACUUACCACGGUUGUGCUUUUACUGUAAUCGCGUGCCUGCUUUGCGUGCGUGUUUGCAUGUGUGUCUGUUGGAACGUGUUGGGUUAACCCAAAUCCGGUUGUACGUUAUGCAAGUGUGUGCCUCUAACCAUCUUGUUUUUGUUAGUCGUAGGUGCGUCGAGAGGGAAUUUUGUUGGUUUUACUUGGAGUGAUGUUGCCAAAACAAGAGAACAAGAUGCUCUGCAUUGAUUGUUUUUAAAAGUGAUUUGUCGAAUAGCACUGCUCUCAGGCAGCACUUGGGGUUGCCAGAGAAAACGAACGGAGGUUUGCAGGGUACUAACUAUGCAAGUUGCCCCUUGGAUGUGCCAUUGCAUGAUUGUGUGCCUCUUUUCCUUUUUUUUAUUUUUUUUCAUCAUUUUUUUUCAGCCUGUUGCUUGCAGCUAACAGUCGUUGUCCAAAGUUUUGCUAUUACCCGGCAAAUUGGGAGUUGUGUUGUUUGGAAGGGCGGGAAUCGGUGGUGUCACCUUGCAGUGUUGUGUAGGACUGAAAUUAGUUUGACGAGACGAGUUGUGUGACGAACAAUGCGCAAAUAUUUCGACCGUGACUGCACUUUUAUUGUUUGUGUGCUUUGCUCCAGAUUUUCUAGUUGUGAUUCCCCAAGUGCAACUGUCUCCUUGUGCGACUUUAUUUUGUAGGUCUUUAACGUCGUUUCUGUGAAGCUCUGUGCGGCACGUGGUGCUGGUGAUCGUCUCUUACCGACAUCCACGUCGUAAAUUAUUCACUCUUUUUUUUUUGUUACUGCUUCGCAUCUAGCGUGUCAGUACGAAUACAAUGAAAUAAUAUUAUGCCUGGUUUCUCUAAUAUAAGUACCUCUUGAAAUUCUUUUAUGGAUCAUUUUUGGCUCCGUUUCGGUGCGAAUUAUAAGUACAACACGUGCAGCAGCAGGAUGUGGCAGGAUUUUACGCUUUUAUUUUAACCACUCAAAUGCGUGUUGUGGUACAGGGUGGUUACAAGUGUUCUCUUGUUGGUACGUAGGCUUUUUAAAUUGCAUCGCAGCUAUUGCCGCAGUCGUAGCCAUGUGCAUUGUCGUUGCCGAGCGCUCUCGUGCCUUUCCAGAAAGCGUGCUUCUCUGCAAAUAUAGUUUUUAGGAAAAAAUGUAAAAAGGAAAGGUUCAACGGACAACAAAGCUAUGCAUCAAUCGUCCAAGUCUCUGAAAAAGAAAAGCUUCAACUGGCAACAAAGCUAUACAUCGGUGAACGAAGUCUCUGGAACUUCGAAGUCUUUUUUUUUUCUUUAAUUGCUUUCAAUAGCUAAAUUGAGCCGUCCUAUUAGUGCUUGAGACAUGGUCAGUAUCAUCAAGUCGGCUGCUUGAAAGCCUUCUUUUGUACAGUUGUUUACACACAAAAAAAACUUUCCUAUGCAGGGUGUGAGAAAAAAAAAGCUUGUACUCUGCUAAUGAUGGCAUUGCUUGUUUUGGACAACUCUCACGAUUUUGGGUGAAUGUGCAAGCGUACAAAAACUUGUUUCGAAAAACUGUUUUGCAGAAAAUUGCGGUUGCAGUGAUACAUUUGUGGAGUCGUGCAAUUUCUUUUUUGAGGCAGUGCUCGGCCAUAUGUCUCGGUGCUGCCCGAGUGGCAUUAAGCGCAGAAACGUCCAGUGGCAGCAGACAACUUCGUUUUUGCAUUUGACUAGGCCACCGAGCCGCCCAGUGCCUGCCUUGCUUCGUACAAGCACUACUGCCUUGUCAGCACGCUUCUGCAGGACAUCAGUUGCUUAUUUUCCCGUUCCUCUGGAUGCGAGGGCAGCAGUGGCGAACCUCCGUCUUGUCACUUAUUACGCAACCGACCGGAGUCCUGUCUUCUUGUAAAUAAAAGUUUCAACAUUACGGGUUUUC